GUCUAUUGGGAAAGCAUCUUCGUGGUGCUCCCGUGUUUCUCCGGAUAUGCCGCCCUUUUCGGCCUUCAACAUGAGGUCAAGGUUCGGUUGAGGAUUGCAGACGAUAGCUCACAAGCUUCUCAUCAUUUCGGCGCAGCAGUGUCCUGCCUCUACCUUUUUGGCCUCAUCUUCCGUCUUGCCCACAAGGUGGUUUUCUCUAGUCUGAAUCCUCGAGUUCGGGUGCAUGUUGCACUGACUUGCAUGAUGCUCUCGAUGCUCGUCAUGUCUGUUGUUAUUCUGACUCUGGAGUGCUAUGACCUUUACUGGGUCGUUGUCUCAUAUUCUCUUGGUGGGGCAGCAAUUGGCUCAUUUGAGUCCAACCUGCUGAAUUGCCUCACGCCUUUUGGGCACAAAACAAAAAGAUUGGCGAUACUUGGCAUUCCCUUGGGAGUCAACAGCAUCCUAAUUGGAGGAUUCUUUCUCAUGGGUCCACCAUUGCAGGUCUCUGUCACAGCAGUGUUCGCUGCUGUGGCCGCUCUCAACUUCAUCGGAAUGCUUGUCUUUGCGAACUGGAUCCCACCAAGUGGCGAAACAGAAUCUGGUGGAAUGAACGAGCUUGUGGCGGACUGCAAAGGUUGCAGGCACUGGCUCCCCCUCCUUUGGCACUAUCCACUGGCCUUUGCAGUCGACACCUUUACUCUAGCAGGCUUUUCACCAGGGCUGUCCCUCUACGUCUAUAACAAGGACGUGGUGGAAGUGACUGCUGUUGGCAUGGUCUUGGAAACAAAGACGUUCUUUGCCUUCUACAACACCGCAAACAUGCUCGGAGGUCUUUGCGGGCGUUGGCUGAGCUAUCAGCUCCAGCAGCGGCACCCAGCAACCUAUGUGUGUUUCAGUGUACUGGGCGCUUUGCUCCUUGUAUUGCAGGAACCUGUGCUGGCGCCAGCGGGUGCUUUUUUGGUGAUGCUGGGUGAUGGUCUCAUCUAUGGAACCAUCAGCCGUCAUGUUGAUAGUGUGAUCCCUCAGGAGUUCAAUCUCAUUGCCAUCUCUUAUUGGCUUUUCAUCGGGGAUGUUGGCAGUCUCAUCGGGUCUAGCCUGAUCAGCUACCUUCAUGAUUGGCUAGUUGCGUGAGGUGGAGAUAGUGAUAAUUUUUAAUUUGGUGCAGCAUGAUUGCCAUCAAGAGAGGGGCUUCC